AUGGCUGAAGAGAUCGUGAUUGAUAAAAGCGCAUUUUUCAACCGUCUCUCAAGCUUCUUUGCAGCAUGGAAGGCAGACAAACGACCUGGCCAUGCUGUUUUUGGGGGCGUAGGAUCAAUCGUUAUCCUCAUGGGGAAAACAGAUGAAGCGAAUAGCUUUCAGAAAAACAACGCGAUGCAUUUCUGGCUUCUUGGCUAUGAAUUUCCGGCUACGCUUAUGGUUUUCACAACAGAUAUGAUGUACGUUGUGACUACGGCAAAAAAGGCCAAACACCUAGAACCCUUGAAAGGUGGCAAGAUCCCAGUAGAGAUACUUGUCACCUCCAAGGAUCCAAACGAAAAAACCAGAUCUUUCGAAAAGUGCUUAGAAGUUAUAAAAAAUGCCGGCAAAAGGGUUGGUGUACUUCCAAGAGAUACAGCUGCUGGCCCGUUCGCGGAAGAUUGGAAGCGUGCGUUUGGAAACAUAACGCAAGAUGUGGAAGAAGUCGACAUUUCACCCGCUCUUUCUGCAGCCGCCUUCUCGGUGAAAGAUACAGAUGAGUUGGUGGCUAUUCGAAACGCCUCAAGGGCUUGUAGCGGUUUGAUGUCCGAAUAUUUCGUUGAUGAGAUGUCCCGCCUACUCGACGAAGAAAAACAAAUGACACACAAGGCACUCUCGAUGCGGAUCGACGCAAAAAUUGACGAUGCGAAAUUCUUUAAGAAACUUGCUAAGCUCCCAACGGAAUUUGAUCCUCAACAGAUUGACUGGGCAUAUGGCCCUGUCGUUCAAAGUGGCGGAAAGUAUGACCUUCGGCUUACAGCUACGUCUGAUAAUAGUCACCUUCAGGCAGGGAUUAUUGUUGCUGGGUUUGGAAUCCGCUACAAAACUUACAGUUCCAUAAUAGCACGCACUUAUUUGGUAGAUCCGAGCAAGUCUCAGGAAGCUAAUUAUGCCUUUCUGCUGAACCUUCACGAUGCAGUGAUGAAAGACGUUCGCGACGGAACGAUGGCCAAAGACCUAUUUAACAAAGCAAUUGGGCUGGUACGAGCCAAAAAGCCUGAACUUGAAAGUCACUUUGUUAAAAGCGUUGGAGCCGGUAUUGGAAUUGAGCUCCGAGAUUCUAACAUGGUUUUGAAUGGCAAGAACAACAAAAUUUUGAAGAGUGGCAUGACUCUUUCUAUAACGGUGGGGCUGACAGAUGUCGAAGAGCUAGAGUCCAAAGACAAAAACAAUGCUGUCUACUCAAUGAUUAUUACAGACACUGUACGUGUUGGAGAAAAUGGUCCGCACAUAUUCACCAAGGAUGCGGGUAUUGAUAUGGAUUCUGUUUCAUUCUACUUUGGGGAUGAAGAUGAACCCCAGAAACCUGCCAAAGAGAAAAAGGAGGUCAAGUCCAGCGCAACGGCUAACAGAAAUGUUACGCGCACCAAACUUCGCGCUGAGCGACCGACUCAGGUCAAUGAAGGUGCAGAGGCACGACGUCGCGAACACCAGAAGGAGUUAGCGACAAAAAGACAAAGGAAGGCCUCGAUCGGUUCGCCGGUACUACAGAGGGAUAACCAAUUGCCUAUUAAGGUUAAGGAUCUCACUAUUUAUGUGGAUCACAAAGCAUCGACGGUAAUUGUUCCAAUCAUGGGUCGACCAGUACCUUUCCAUAUCAACACAAUCAAAAAUGCUAGCAAAAGUGAUGAAGGAGAAUACGCUUAUCUCCGAAUCAAUUUUCUUUCACCCGGUCAGGGUGUUGGUCGGAAGGAUGACCAACCAUUUGAAGACAUAUCGGCACACUUUCUGCGCAAUUUAACCCUCAGGUCCAAAGAUAACGAACGACUUGGACAGGUUGCUCAAGAUAUCACAGAGCUCAGGAAAAAUGCCCUGAGACGUGAACAGGAAAAGAAAGAGAUGGAAGACGUGGUGGAGCAAGAUAAGCUCAUCGAAAUCAGAAAUCGCCGUCCUGUGAGAUUGCCUGAUGUUUAUCUUCGGCCUCCAUUAGAUGGUAAACGAGUCCCCGGAGAGGUCGAAAUCCACCAAAAUGGUCUUCGUUAUAUGUCACCUUUCCGAAACGAGCAUGUCGACGUGCUUUUCAGCAAUGUGAAACACCUAUUUUUUCAGCCUUGUGCCCACGAGUUGAUUGUCCUAAUUCACGUUCACCUGAAAACACCCAUCAUGAUUGGCAAGCGCAAGACGAGGGACGUGCAGUUCUAUCGUGAGGCAACUGAGAUGCAGUUUGAUGAGACUGGCAAUCGUAGGCGCAAACAUCGGUACGGCGACGAGGAAGAGUUCGAGGCAGAACAAGAAGAGAGACGGCGGAGGGCAGCCUUAGAUCGAGAAUUCAAGGCUUUCGCUGAAAAAAUAGCAGAUGCGGGUAAAGACGAAGGAGUGGACGUUGACAUACCAUUUAGAGAAAUUGGUUUCACUGGUGUACCCAACCGCUCCAAUGUCUUAAUUCAGCCAACUACGGAUGCUCUGGUUCAAUUAACAGAGCCCCCUUUUCUUGUAAUCACCCUGAAUGAGAUUGAAAUUGCUCAUCUAGAGCGCGUUCAGUUCGGGCUCAAGAACUUUGACUUGGUGUUUGUGUUUAAAGAUUUCCACAGACCACCUGUUCAUGUUAACACAAUUCCCGUUGAGUCCCUUGAAGGGGUGAAAGAUUGGCUCGAUUCCGUCGACAUUGCAUUCACUGAAGGGCCACUAAACCUUAAUUGGACUACAAUCAUGAAGACUGUUGUAAGUGACCCAUACGGCUUUUUUGCCGAUGGAGGUUGGUCGUUCCUUGCAGCAGAGUCUGAUUCUGAGGGCGGGGCGUCCGAUGAAGAGGAAUCUGCAUUCGAACUGUCGGAGUCAGAACUUGCUGCGGCAGACGAAAGCUCGGAAGACGAUAGCGAAUUUGAUGACGACGCCAGUGCUGAGGCAAGUGAAGACUUCAGCGCGGAUGAGGACAGUGGUGAGGAUUGGGACGAAUUGGAAAGGAAGGCCAAGAAGAAGGAUAGGGAAAGUGGUUUGGAUGAUGAGGAACGUGGUAAGAAGCGAAAACGUUAA